AUAUGGGGUUGUGAAGGAUAUAUCUGAUGAUUCCUUUGCGCCUUCCAAAAAUCUAGAUCAGUGUACACCUAUUCAUUUGAAUCUUGUGGCUACUUGGUAACGUUAUCCACCAAGAUUUAGAUAGGGAAGAAUUCACCUAGUAUUGCUUCUGCUGGAAUGCGAGCCUCCGUUCCCAAGGUUGUCAAUCUAGCUCUUCGACCGCUAGGCUACCCUCUUUGGGGUGAAACAAUCAGAAAAACCUUAUUCUGUUAAGCUUUGGAGGAUGCUUUACAAUAGGAAAGUUGCAGAGGGUAUCCAUAUAUCUAGAUUGCUAGCACGUCAUGGAACUCGUGCUCCUACCAAGAAAAGGAUAAGGGAGAUAGAAGCCUUGGCUGCUCGAUUAGAGGUCCUUGUACGUGAUGCUAAGGAACAGAAGCAGUCUUUGGAUAAAAUUCCUGCUUGGUUAACGGGGUGGAGCUCUCCUUGGAAGGGAAAACUUACAGGCGGAGAGCUGAUCAGUGAAGGUGAAGACGAGUUAUAUCAUCUUGGUAUCAGAGUCAGAGAACAGUUUCCCAACCUGUUUAGUGAAGAAUACCACCCUGAUAUAUAUUCAAUUAAGGCUACCCAGGUUCCUCGGGCAUCAGCUAGCUCCGUAGCAUUUGGCAUGGGGCUGUUUAGUGGAAAAGGGAAGCUUGGGCCAGGGGGUCAUCGAGCUUUUGCUGUUACAAGUGAAAGCCGUGCUAGUGAUAUAGUUUUGAGAUUUCAUGAUUGUUGUCAAAGCUACAAGGAUUUUAGGAAAAGUCAAGAGCCAACUGUAAAGAAGCUCAAAGAACCCAUAAUAGAUGAAAUUACUCACGAACUAGUGAGGAGAUAUGGGCUUAAUUUUACAAAACAGGAUGUAUCUUCUUUAUGGUUUCUCUGCAAACAGGAAGCUUCACUGUUCAACAUCACCAAUCAAGCUUGUAGUCUAUUCAACCCAGCGGAGGUUUCUUUGUUGGAGUAUGCCGAUGAUUUGGAGUCAUUCAUACUGAAGGGCUAUGGUAAUUCAUUGAAUUACCGAAUGGGAGUGCCGCUACUUGAGGAUGUUCUUCAAUCCAUGGAACAGGCAAUCAAGGCUAAAGAAGAAGGAUAUGCUCCCGGGAGCUAUGAAAAGGCAAGACUACGUUUUGCUCAUGCAGAAACUCUGCUUCCGUUUUCAUGCUUGAUUGGGCUCUUUCUUAAAGAAUCUGAAUUCGAACUAAUACAAAGAGAGCAGGCGUUGCAAUUUCCUCCUAAGCCUCCUAACAAGAGAAAUUGGCGGGGAAGCAUAGUGACCCCUUUUGCCGGAAAUAACAUGCUAGUCCUUUACAGCUGCGGGUCAAACAACUCAAGCAAGUACUUUGUGAAAGUGCUGCACAAUGAGCGUCCCAUUCCAAUACCAGGUUGCAAUAACUCAGAUUCUUGCCCAUUUGAAGUAUUUAAGGAAAGAAUAGCUGCUCCACACUUGAAACAUGACUACAACGCGCUUUGCAAUGUGAACUUGGAACAGAAAGAGAAGGAUUCUGCCCUCAGUAUGUUCUCACAAAUGUUUAAUUGGAUUUUCUCACUGAGGAAUGCUGAUACACCCACCCAGAAGGUUGAGCUAUAACAUCUUCCAAGAUUUCUUUCCUUUAAAGUUCGCCGUGACUAUGAUCUUGAUUCAGCCAGCAACCAAGAGAUACCGUGGUGUUAUACAAUUUCUAACGAAAGUGUGACUUGUAUUUUUAAAGUUUUCUGGUGGCUGGUUUAUUUAACCAUAGGGUAGUAAAAAGCGAAAGACAUUCAACGAUGCAAUUGAUUCCUUUAUUUUUCGCAUCUGAAAUCUAACUGUACCGUUAGUUCCUUGAUUUCCCUUUCACCUCCCACGUUUGGAACAAAAGCAGUUUGUUUCCAACUGUCUUCACAGGUCUUAGGUUGAGACAGUUAAGCCUUUUUUCGAAUCUAUUAGCUUUUGCAGUAAAUAUUUAUGAUAAGGGAAUACGUUUUUGUA